ACGCCGCCAGCCGAGCAGCCUGAAACUGAAACGGCCUUCCGACGGCGCGUGGACUGGCGUGGACGCGGUGGCGACGGCGACGGCGGGGAAACCCCCUAUCGACCCUAUUCGCGGUGGCUGGCUAACCUUGCGGCCCGUCUCUAGACAGCCAACUUCUGUCUAAACAGCCAAGGUGCGUCCCGUUUCGUCUCGUUCCCUCGCGCGUUCCCGAUCCGAGAUUUCCGAGAUUUCCGAGAUUUCCGAGAUAUAUUCCCACCUUCGAUGCGUGCGACCGAAUAACGGAUAACCCAUCGCUCGCAAAUAACUCUAUCUCCCCGCCCGCGAACCUUGAUCCACGUUGACGCGUCUAACCCGGUCAAUCACCCGCUUUGGCACGCGCAAAUCCGUUGAGCUUGCCUGUCAGCUAGCCAGCCAACCAGCCAGCGGUCGGUGACGGCGGUCGGUGUCGUGGUCGGAGCCGCGCGCGUCGAGUGCCGGCCGCGCUUGAUCGAGCCUCAACCGCGUGCGUUUACGAGAGGUAGAGAGAGAGAGAGAGAGAGAGAGAAGUGAUGCCAAGUGUCAGAGCUGCAGCAUCCUCUCUGCAUCCACUCGUCGGGUGGAUCAGUGUUCCGCAGCAUCGUGCGUUCGUGCAUGCGUGCGUAUACGGUGACCCGCAUCUCUCGGCGGGAAUACAAAUCAAUUUCACCGCAGCGCAGCGGAGGGCACUUUCGUAUACGAUCGCGAGGCGAGCGUACGCUUGGCACGUUAAUCGUAUAUGAGAGUCGAGACCCGGAGGAGGGUGGCAGAAAAUUACAUUCCGCGCGGGCCCCGCGAGGAUCCCCUUGGAAACGCGCGCGAGAUGAUUGGUCAACGCGGCCGGCAUGGAUUGUAAUUAAUUUCUCCGCUGUUCGGGAAUAUUGCCUCGUCCGAUCGCCUACAGUACUUAGGUAUAGUCGAAGGUCGGUUCGAGAGGACGAGAAAGAGGAAGAGAAAGAGCGAGAUUAUAUCGCGGGCGGCGGGGGGAGGGGAAGUAAAAGUAACACCCUCGGAGGGUGUGUGUAUGUGCGCGAACAAGCGGGAUAUAUGCUCCCCCGUUCGACGACACUAUCGUAAUCAGUUAAUUUCCGGGCGUUAAGCGGUUUCGUCGGCCGGCGAACUGGCGAUAUUCGGGACGACGAGCGCGAGAUACCCCGUGUAUGACAAUUCGGCUGCGGCAGGUGCGCGGGAUAAUCGCUGGCAGUGCUAUCGCGAUCAAUUCCUUCCCAGGGACUGUGGAGGGUUCUUCGCGCCUCUUCGUCGUUCACACGGGCAUUUACAGGAUCGGCUACGACACGCGAGAGCCCAGAACGCAAGAAGAGGAAUCGAAAGCGAUUACGGAUCGAUACGGAAGUGGACUACGGAAGGCUACGGAAGAAGAAGCGAAAAAGUUCACGUGGCGUCCACCAACAUCCGAGACGUCGGGGAAGUGUGGAACGUCGGCGAUCUGCAAUCGCUAAAUUCCCGCUAGCCUCGAGGAUAUGUUAUUUCUAAAGGCACAGGUUCGAGUCGCGUGUAUCAAAUGCGCUCGCAAUGGCGGCGGAAAGUGGGCUAGGUCGGCUGUCGGAGCCGGUAAGUUAACGGCGACAAUGUAAAGCGGUUUCAUCCCUUUGCCCGGCUCGAUAGCGCCUCGCGGCUGCGGGAUUAAACUUUAGAUAGAAUCUCUCGAACUUUAUUUAUCUACUUUGAUAAUGCGCGAGAGACGAAGCGAUGCUUCAUAUAUAUAUAUAUACAUAUACCGACAAUGACACUAAACAAGAUAAAGCUUUAAUUUUGAAUGUACGAUAAAGCGUGAACGACGAUACCGUAAUAUUAUAGGUACCUAAAAAACAAAAUAAAUAAAGAGACUCGACUUUUUUUUAAGUUAUUUUAAAAGAAUCAUUUUUUUUUUUUCGGAGAGGUAUUCAUGGGAGGUGCCAUUUGUUCGCGUAAACACGUCACGAGUGCAGGGGAAACGCGUUGCGAGAAUUAAGGUCAGUGGUUUUGAUAUCCCGCAUGCUCGGGGGACAAGAUCUCUCUCGUGCUCCGAUUCCUUCAUUAAUCCUCAUUAUUCUUCGUUAACCUUGCUCUUGUUCCUCAUUAAUCUCCGUUAAUCCCCGACAGAGCUAUCGCCAACGCCAGUCGUCGGGAACAGGCGAGGCAAUGGAAUUGAUAAUAUUCUUGAUUUACUUCGCACCCCCUACACUCUAACUGGUGUUCUAAUCUGGCAAAACAAAUAACUAGUUGACUCUCGAGUUUGUUCGUAGAUGUAACUGGGAGCGAGUUGCGGAAGCGAUGAGACACGAGCGACGUUAAGGUGCGAUCGUCUGGAAUGAAGGAUUAAGAUAAAGACCGACGAGCAUUUCUGAUGAGCGCGCGACGUUUAUGACGAGAUCCCGUCGGUUCCAGAGAGAGAAACGUUUCCCGCGAGCUCGGAAACUCGAAACUCGAAUUCGCGAUAGAGAUAAUCGGGUACGUGCCCUUCGCGAAAUAUCGGCAGCUCUCUUUGCUGUCGUUCUCAUAUUGGAUGUCGAGAGCACAAAGCCCCGCGGCUUUCCGCGACGAACCACCAUCUAUCCAUUUAACCGGACUCCGUUGAAUUUGCGGAAACGCAAGCGUCAAUCGACUCUUUCGCCGCUGUUGCUGUAUCGAGAAGGCGGAGUUACGAUAUAUCCGGACACUUGACGAUAUCUCCGAUCGAGCCGAUUCUCCGUGUGUAGAGCACGUAAUGCGUUCAAUACGUAAUUAUCACGGAUUAUUCUCGUGAGUGGAGUCACGAUCCGAUCCCGGGGUGGUUGGUGCGACGUGGAAUCAGGAAUUGUCAGGAAUGCGACGCGCGUUGCCUCGAGAACGGAAGCGAUCGUCGUACAACAAAUCGAUCGCGGAUUCGCUCGCCGGGGAAUAGCAGGGCAACGUCGUGCGUCGAGGUACCCAGGUACUUUCCAGGGUCGUUUCUUCCGUCAUGCGGGCGGAAGUCGGUGAACGUGCGGCGUCGAUCGUCGUGCGGGACAUCUCGUCGGGCUUGUACCCGGUGGUGAUCCGGAUGAACACGGGAUGAAAGCGCGAGUUACCUCUACAUCGCGGGAUGUCGUCGGGAUUGACUGGGUGAAGGGGAGAGGACGGAACGGGAUGAGGAUAGCCGAGGAAAUGUCCACCACGGUGAUCGGCGGUAGCUCGAGACAUCGUUCGCUGAUGCUGCUCACUACGAUCGUAUACUGCUGCUGGCUGCUGAUGAUCGGCGAAUGCGUCGGCCAGAAGCCGAUCAAUCUCGGCGGCAGCAAGAAGCGCGACGUCUACAUCGCCGGCUUCUUCCCGUACGGCAAUCACGUGCCGGAGGGUCACAUCGGCCGCGGCGUCAUGCCCGCGGUGAAGCUCGCGGUGGAGCACAUCAACGAGCACCCGACGAUACUCAGGGACUAUCGGCUGCACAUGUGGUGGAACGACACGGAGUGCAGUGCCGCCGUCGGGAUGAAGGCGUUCUUCGACAUGAUGCACAACGGGCCGCACAAGGUGAUACUCUUCGGCGGAGCUUGCACACAAGUCACGGAUCCGAUAGCGAAAGCCUCGAAACACUGGCGCCUUACGCAGCUCAGCUACGCGGACACCCAUCCUAUGUUCACAACCAAUAGCUUCCCGAAUUUCUUUAGGGUCGUGCCGUCGGAAAACGCCCUCAAUGCACCGAGAGUGGCGUUGCUUCUGCAUUUCAACUGGACCCGGGUCGGCACGAUUUAUCAGAACGAGCCCAGAUACUCACUGGUGCACAAUCGGUUGGUGGCCGACCUAGAUGAGAGCAAAAUGGAGCUUGUGGAGACGCAGAGCUUUGCUACCGAGGUGACAACGGCACUCGAAAAGCUUAAAGAAAGAGACGUGAGGAUCCUCUUGGGAAAUUUCAACGAGGCGUGGGCUAGACGGAUAUUCUGUGAGGCUUACAGGUUUGGCUUAUAUGGCAGAAAGUAUCAGUGGGUCAUCAUCGGGACUUACACCAGAGAGUGGUGGUUGCGCCCGGGUGGCGGAUGUGCCCCCUCCGAGCUGUCCGAGGCCCUUCACGGUGUCAUCCUGGCGGAUCUGCUUCCGCUGACGACCGAGGAGCAACACACCACGUCCGGAAUCACCCCGGACCAGUAUUGGAAAGAGUACGAUUCGAGACGGGGUAACGAGUACUCCAGGUUCCACGGUUACACGUACGAUGGUAUCUGGACGGUCGCGCUGGCUGUGAAACAUGUCGCGCGCAGGAUACGACACUUCCAUCGUAACCAGACUAUAUCCGACUUUCGGUACAGGGACGUAUUGUGGGAGAAGCUCUUCCUCGAUGCCCUCAGGAAUACAAGCUUUGACGGUGUCACGGGACCGGUCCGCUUCUACGACAACGAGAGAAAAGCGUACAUUCUUCUAAAACAAUUUCUGGACGGUCGCGAGGUAAACGUAGGCGAGUACGAUAGCAUAACUGGCAUUCUGGAUCUGACGAGACACAAGGCCUCGCUAUGGAAUGGGAAAUCGCCACCGAAAGACAGGACGGUUCGCAUCAUCGAGCACUCCACCGUGGACAUCACGCUGUACGCGGUGCUAGCCUCGGCCGCUAGUGUCGGUAUCGUCUUGGCAUCCAUUUUUCUCGCCAUCAAUAUCAGAUACAGAAAUCAAAGAUACAUCAAAAUGUCAUCGCCCCACCUGAACAACCUUAUCAUCAUCGGUUGUAUACUGACCUACAGCAGCGUUAUCUUCCUCGGACUAGACUCGCAAUUAUCGAGCGUAGCGGCUUUCCCGUAUAUCUGUACGGCUCGAGCGUGGCUGUUGAUGGCUGGUUUCUCAUUGGCCUUUGGUUCCAUGUUUUCGAAAACGUGGCGUGUACAUUCCAUAUUCACUGAUGUGAAGCUCAAUAAAAAGGUUAUAAAAGAUUACCAAUUGUUCAUGGUCGUCGGGAUAUUGUUGGCUGUCGAUCUCACGAUCAUGACAACGUGGCAAGUGGCCGAUCCGUUUUAUCGAGCGAUAAAACAAAUGGAGCCCUAUCAUCACCCUUCCAGCGAAGAUAUAAUAAUCAUCCCGGAAAAUGAAUAUUGUCAGAGCAAUCAAAUGAAUAUUUAUCUGUUUUGCAUAUAUGCAUACAAAGGCCUUUUAAUGAUAUUUGGUGCCUUUCUGGCAUGGGAAACGCGGCACGUUAGUAUACCGGCAUUAAAUGACAGUAAAUACGUCGGGAUGAGUGUGUACAACGUUGUUAUAAUGUGCGUCACCGGUGCAGCUAUAAGCUUCGUGCUGACUGACAAACAAGACGCCAUGUUUAUAAUGUUGGCGGUGUUCAUUAUAUUUUGUAGUACAGCCACUCUUUGUCUGGUUUUUAUUCCUAAGGUAAUAGAGUUACGCAGAAAUCCACAAGGGGCGAUAAAUAAGCGGACCAGGGCGACUCUGAGGCCGAUGCUGAAGAUACGAAGGGACUCGACAGUCAGCGAACUCGAUGAGCGUUUGAAGGAAGCGAAACUGACGAAUAAAAAAUUCCGGAAGCAAUUGUUACAAAAGGAUUCUGAGCUUCAGGGAUUUUUAAGGAGAAUGGGCGAGGAAGUUGAGAGCGAAACGCAAGAGACGGUCGAUACAUUGCCGGUCCCGAAGCCGGAAGAAGCUAAGAAGGAAGGUAAAGGACCGUCGAUAACCACAGAGACGACUGAUGUUUCAAUGUCAAUGUGUAGCUUGAACUCGUCAACCGUUUCGCAGCCAGAGGGUGAUUACGUCAACGUGGAUCAAGUAACAAAGAAAAGGGCGUCCCUUUCGAAGGCCACGUCAAUCAUCAUCGACAACGAAAGAGUGGCUAUGACGAGCCAGGCGAUCGAGGAGAGCUCUUCUCCAGGCGCUGAGGCGGCGUUGGACAUGACGCCGCCGUCGCUAUCGUUAAUAACAACGACGACAACGGCGAUAACAACGACGACGAUGACGCAUAUGAGGCAUACGUGUGGCGCGGACGCGUCGCGGCGCAAGAGCAUCCCCGACGAGGUGGUCAAGGACAGCGAACCAUUAUUGAAGCGCCAUAGGACCCCGGAGCCUCUGCCGACCGACGCUGUGACGCGAUACAGUUUCGUGCCACCGGUCGUCGAAGAGAGCGACUCCGUGAUCCUGGAAGAGACUGAGAUCGCGAGACACGUGUGCCGCGUGAGGAGGAGGAGCAAGGACGAGCGCAGGGCGAAGCUCUCGACGCCGCCGCCGACCAAGAACGUCUCCUUCGGCGAGCUCCACGAACAGAGCUACAUCGAGCACGUGAUGCCAUUUUCAUUGCAAUACGUGCCGAAUCAUCGGCAUGCCGGGAAGUACGACGAGUCGAUGUCGACGAUCAUCCAGCGUUCGAUGUCGGAACGCACGCGGGAGAAGUGCCUGCGGCUGCACAUCGGUAGCGGCCACCCCAUAGUCGAGUGCUCGCACCGCGUCGCGCGCCGCAUGUGCCGGCACACAGGCUCGAAGCUGCGCCAUCAGGCGCGGCUCGAGUACGUGCAGAGCACCCCGAAUGUGGCGACGAUGCACAACGGCAAGCACGUCGCGGCGAAUCCGCGCGAUGGAAGCGGCGACGUGAACGGUGGUUCCGCGGUGAACGUGUCAAAGAUGUACAGCGCCGUAUCGGACGGUGAACUGCUGGAUCUGACAAUUCUGCCGAUCUUUCAGAAGCUCCUCACCGAGCGGCACAAGAGCACUGCCAGACGGGGCUAUCGCUCGAAUAUAGCUAGUUGCCCGAAUAUAUCCAUCAAGUGCGACAUCGUCGAGUACCUCUAACGGCCAAGCCGGCGACGACCUGACGACGCUUUCUCGGUUCUCCUCACCGCGCCGGCACGCGAAAUCACGUUUCUCAUCACGGACAUCAUCGAUCGUGUAGGACGUGUUAGAUCGAUUAUUAUCUAAGUUAAUUAUAGUUAAUCUCGCGUUUCGCGAGAGCGUCUUUUAGAUUGUUGCGCCCCGAGCGAGCGGUCGGCGAUGUUGUUCGCGAUAAUGCAUCGUUAAAUCGAAACGUACAUUUCAGACGGUUUUUACCAUUUCGUUGAUUUAUUUAUAAGAAUGACGAUGGACUUGGAAUACCGUUAUACCGCGUCACCGCAGCCGAGUUAAUUAAUUAUUCGUUCCGUCUCUCGCGUCCUCGCUCUACUGCACUCGAUAUAUCACGGUAAAGCGUGGACGAGGACAACAAAAAAAAAAAAAAGAAAAUUGGAUAAUGUAACGCUCUAGUAAUAAUAAUAAUGCUCGAAUCGUGUAACUCUCUCAACGAGGUACGAGAAAGACAAACGGUCGACGAAUAAAGGUAAGACUUUUUCUAUAAUACACACGAGAGAUAUUUUCUAAAGACGACGAUUAUUUAAGAGUAAGAAAAGAGGCGAAACGGAAGAAGAAAAUAUAAAAGAGAAAAUAAAAAGAAAAUAAAGAAAACGAAUUCGAAGUUUAACGAGGUCUAUCGCGAGCUCGAAGACUCAAAGUCAUCGAAAAUCCCAUUAUCUGCUCGUCUCACUCGUCGUUGUUUGGUUCUAGACCUAAACGGAGUAAAUGUAUGGAUUUGCGCGCGAUAUUAUCGAGCACACUUAGUUACUUGAACGUCAGUCAAUAGAUCUUGUAUCUCAUUAGUGACGCAGCAUGUUACGCGACAUAUAACAAACAUUGCGGUAAAGCGAACGAGAGGGAAAAACUUGGUACACAUCCGUGAUAUAGUACACGCAGUUUCGGAAAGGAACGAAGUCGGGGUGGAAGGGAGGGAGUCGUCUGUCUAUGUAAUCGAUAUAGCGUAUCGUUUUUGGGGGAGUGGGAAAAAGGGUAGGUAGAACCCUAGCAGCGAACAAAUAUUGUUUAAAUAUUUCCUAGUACGACCGAAGAAUAUUUUUGUGACGCGACUUUGAAACAUUGAACUAGUUCUAGUUAAUGCGGUUAAUUAAUUAAUGAAUAUAUACCUUCGAGAUAUUUACAUUUACAACACAAAUUACAGGAAAACAUAAAAAGAAAAAAAAAAUACAAAAGAUAUUUGUUAGCCGCGGCAGAUCGGAAAGUAGAUUUCAACUAUUGACUGUUACAGUGAUUUCCAACUUGUAAAGCAUUCUUCGUUCAUGACUGCGAGAACUCUUUGAAGAAAUGAGGAUUUACAAACGUCUCCGUCGACUAACAAAUAUUUUACAAAGAGAGGGAGAGAAAGCGAGAGAGAGAGAGAGAGAGAGAGAGAGAGAGAGAGAGUGUGUGCAUGUGUGUAAAUAUACAAUCUAUAAGGACUGUUAAAGCAGAGAUAUCGAGAGUAUGUUAAUUAGGAGCGUGUCCGUUCUCUCCUUCGAGCGCCCGUUUUCACGAGGCUCGCCAAAUCUCAGGCCGGAAGGCGGCAGAAGCGGUAUUUUACAAAUACUAAAAGUAAGUUUUCCCUCGCGUACAUUUCUAAAAUAAAUAACUAUGUGUUUGUAAAUAUAUGUUACAAAGUAAUGUAUAUUCAUUGAAUAUUUCCUACAUACACAUACGUACACAGAUGGAUACACAGUCACAUAUACACGUCUAACUUGGCGCGUCUAGCCAAUUCUAGGGGGUAAUUAUGUGAACGUUCACCAAGUAUAUUUCGUUCUCCGCUAGGGUGCUGUGUUCAAAAAUACCUCGAGAAGUAUAGCGGAGCAUGUUAAUAAAAUGCCUUCGGGUAUAUCCCUAGAACUGAUAAUUAUCGAAUCGAAUCGAAUCAAUGCAUGCAUUGUCAAUUGCCUCAUAUCCUUUCGUUUUCUACGAGGAGUAAUAAAGAAAUACGAUUCCAUUCUACGCGAUUCUUCACGACGAGGAGAUUUUUCGGUUCGAGGUAAAUCGAAUUUGUACAUCUCUCUUGCCCUAAGACGGGGGCUGACUUUAUCAUGCGAAUGCGAAUCACGGAGGAAAAAUGUGCGGUUGAAAGGUAAAAUGGAUACACUGCUCCUUUAUGCGAGUGAAAUUGAGUUUUCGUUAUUCCAACUUGCAAGUGAACUCAUUAAAAGUAGAGUCUCACUGAGUAUUUCCGUGAGAUUCCUAAGUUUCCUAAGUUGUGAGGGUCUCAGACGGCGCGGCCUAAGUCAACGUAACUUGUGACGUGUAAUUCACAAUUCAUGACCAAAGUUAACCAAAGAGAGUCUAAGAAGAAAAGAAUAAAAUCUUUCUUUUUUUUCCCCCCUCUUUCUUUUUAAUGUCACGCGCAAUUGUUCUCGUGUAAUAGUACCCCGUUUUACGGCACGGAAGUUCCGUCGUGCAGCUCGCGUUUAAAUAUAGAGACACAACGAUUUCAAAUUCAUCAAAGGCGACAUCUCAAUUAAUCGCGACUCUCAAUUAAUAACGGUCACGCGUCGUUUGAACUUUUAACAGAUGAAACGUCGCUCUUAACAACGCGAUGCAAUAUAUUCAGAUAAAUUAAGGAAUAAUUUUAUUUCCGGUCAAUACCGGUCGCAUGACGAAACAUUCGACGCAUUUAUACUCGUAUUCCUACUGUUAGAGCAUGCUCUUAAUAUCCUGUAAUAAUUACGUAAGCCAGUGGUGUCGCAAGCCAUGCCAAAAGUUUUUUACAAAUCGUCACGAGAGCAAAAUAAAGAGAGAAAAAAACCUGACAGCAAUAUAUAUAUACAUAUAUGCGACUAUGUAUGCGUGCGUGCAGCGAAGGCGAUUAUAAAGUAAGUGUGAUAAGAGUUACGAAGCGCUCUUUCUUCGAGGUACAUACAUCGGUGUAACAUAUACGGAUGUAUCUUUGUGAAAAAUGGGCGAAUUAAAAGUGAUCGACUGGAAUUUAUUCUGUAAAAUCCGAUUGCCAGAUUUCGAAACCGGAAGAUUGGCGCUAAAACUUCGUAGUUCUCUUUCGACGAGUCUUUCGACCUCUUCUCGUAAAGAGAAAAGUUUCUUUUUCCGAUUCUCCCGAUCAAAUAAUGUAAUUCGAGCAGUUAAAUUUCUAAUAAGACCAGAAAUGGAGUUAACAAGGGUUGGAUGCGAUUUCGGAAACUCUAUUCCCGCCGAUUUCUUUUAAUUCAAGGAUUAUAAGAAAAUAUCUGAAAGGUAUUUUAUUAUCAGCAAGCACAUUUACUAGCGAGGAGUAACGACUCUUCUGGGGGAGAUGAUUAACAUUUGUUAACAUUGUUAUCGACUUUUAUAUAUUAUUACUAUUUACAUCUCUCUACCUGUACAUAUAUUUUCGCAAGAGACAAUGCAUGUAUCGUCAAUUAUCACGCGUUUAAAAUAUCCAUCAUACCUCCAUUUCGAAGGAAAAGAACUCUGCAAAAAAUAAGUAAAUUUAAAGGGAUUGUGGAGGGAGAGAGAGAGAGAGAGAGAGAGCUCAUCUUGUGUGAAUGAAAUCGUGAACACAGUGUUGCAGGUCGCGUUCCCGUCCUUUUAGCUCGCCUAUUUUUUGCAGUAGAAGAGUAAAAUAGUUUACGAGUGCACUUACGUGAUGAUCGAGGCUCGUCGUAAUGUGAGAGAUUGAUAGCAUGCCGGCGGAUAAAGAUAGGAUUCUUACAAGUUACCGGGCACGUGUGAUAUCUUACUAUCUAAAGUCUAUCGAGGUAAUUGCUGCGCAAGGCGAAUCUUAAUGUUCACCGCUGUCUACUCUCAAUAAAGUGGCUGUCAUUCAAUAAA